AUGGAUUUUUCAAAAAAUGCUUUUGUUGCUGUUGGGGACAAUGAUAAAAGGGAAAAGUUUGAAAAUGUAAUUUUGGGUGAAUGUGAUGAAAUUAAAAUUGGAAUGCAAGUGAGGUCUGAAGAAGAAGCAUAUAACCUUUAUAAUGAGUAUGCUUUAAAAAGGGGAUUUAGCAUUCGAAAAGCGGUUAAACGAGAAUAUAAUGGUGUUAUUAGGCAACGAGAAUUUGUGUGUUCAAAACAAGGUUUUAAAGAGUUUGAAGACCCUUCUAAUGUUAAAAAGUAUCAUAAUUUAGAUGUAAGAACGGGUUGUCGUGCUAGGAUCCGGUUUGAUGUAAAAAAUGAUAUUUGGAGUGUUUCACACUUUAAUGACACACACAAUCAUGAAUUUGCAACUCCAGAAGAAAGAUGUAAUUUGAGAUCAGGAAGGAAGGUGCUACCUGCUCAUGGGAAUAUAAUUAGCACAAUGGUUAGUUCGGGUAUAAAAGCAACAAAGUCUUACUCAUUUUUGUCAAAAGAACUUGGUGGUGCAAAUAAUGUUGGGUUUUCUAAGCGAGAUUGUCAUAAUUUUGUGCAAACAAAAAGAAAAGAAAUUAUGGAAGCUGGUGAUGGGCAAAGUAUUAUUAAUCAUUUCAAAGAAAAGCAAAGUGAAGAUCCAAUGUUUUUUUAUUCGGUGCAAGUAGACCAAGAUAAUAGAAUUGCAAAUUUCUUUUGGAGAGAUGGUAGAUCAAAAGUAGAUUAUGACUCUUUUGGGGAUGUUGUUAUAUUUGAUACCACUUAUCGAACCAAUAAGUACAACUUAAUCUGUGCACCAUUUGUGGGAAUCAAUCAUCAUUGGAACAAUGUUUUGUUUGGUUGUGCUUUUUUAUCAGAUGAGACAACUCAAUCAUUUAUUUGGUUGUUUGAGACUUUUUUGACUGCAAUGGGAGGUCGACAACCGAAAUCUAUUUUUACAGAUCAAGACCAAGCAAUGGCAAAUGCUAUUAAUAUGGUUUUCAAUGAGCCUCGUCAUCGACUUUGUUUAUGGCAUAUUAGUAAAAAUGCUCAAAAAAAUCUUGUUGGAAUCUAUGGUGUUCCAGAUUUCAAUCAAAGAUUUAAUCAUUGCUUAUACGGUGGGUGUUCAAAUGAAAUGGAGUUUGAGUCAACUUGGAGCAAAAUGAUUGAGAUGCAUAAUUUAAAGAACAAUACAUGGCUGGACAGGUUAUACCAAAUUCGAGAAAAGUGGUGCCCAACUUUCAAUCUCAAUUUCUUUUCUGCAAAGAUGAAGUCUACCCAAAGAAGUGAAAGUACAAAUAGUGUUUUUCAUCGAAUUAUGAAAACAUCUAUGCCUCUUAUUGAAGUUAUUAAAUUUUAUGAGGAAAAGGCAGUACAAAUGCGACAAGAUGAAAUAAAUGAAGAUUUUCGUUGUAAGAAUGGUGCACCUAGGAAAGUUCAUAAGCAUGGAGGCAUUUUAAGUCAUGCUGCUAAAGUUUAUACUCUUGCUUUGUUUGGAAUGUUUGAAGAAGAGUUUAAUUCAGGUAUGGGAUUGAAUUGUGUUGAAACUAAUCAUUGUGAGGAUAACUUUACAUAUUCACUAAGUAGUGGGGAGAGUAGAAGGAUUCAUAUUGUGCAUUUUAACCGGGCUGAAUUAAGUAUUUGUUGUGAUUGCAAAUUAUUUGAGACUUUGGGGUUGUUAUGUUGUCAUGCUUUAAGGGUUUUUCUUGUGAAUAAUGUGAAUAAUAUACUCGACAAAUAUAUAUCAAGUAGAUGGACAAAAGAUGCCAAGAAAGGGUUGUGUUGCUCUGUUGAUUCAUUUAAAUCAAAUGAGAAAUCGACUCAUGUAUUGCGUAUGAGUAACUUAAGUCUUUUGUGGUAUAAAUGUUGUGAUAAGGCUGCAUUAACUGAUCAUGGGACCAAAAUUGCAAUGGAUAGUCUAAGUGAGCUAUUAUGCAAGCUUGAAAAGAGUUCAGCAGAUACAAAUAAGGUGGAAGAUGUUGGUAAAAAAUGUCCUCAAGAUCUCAUACAUGAUGAUGAUGUGCAACCUUUCUUAGAUGGUAAGAGACCAAUCCUUGAUCCGCCAUAUGUGAGAAAGAAAGUAAUAACCAAUUUUAGAAUCAAAAGUCAACUGGAAAAGAAGCAAAGAAAAAAGAAAGUGAAAGAUGCAACCACUUCAAAAGCUCCAAAAACUAUUUCUAUGGUACAUGAAAAUGUUCAAUCAUCAUUUCUUCUCCCGGAGAUGUCUAUUGCUAAUCCUAUGGUUAGCUCUACAACAAAGCUACAAGAAAAUCAUUCGAAAAAACGGAACAUAAGAAAAGUGAAAGAUACAAUCACUUCACAAGCUUCAGAAGCUAUUUCUAUGAUACAUGAAGAUGUUCAAACAUCAUUCUUUCCCCUGGAAAUGUUUGUUGCUUAUCCAAUGAUUAACUCUACAAGAAUGUUUCAAGAAAGCACCUCAAUGUCACACUUGAAUCAAUUUCUAUAUGUGCAUGGUGGUGGAAUUGCAAUGCUAGAUUAUUGCAAGUGUUAUAUUGUUCCAGUUAAGGGAAUGAUAUAG